AUGGAUCGAAAUCCAUUCGAGAACAACCCGAGCUUACCCGUUUUCCUUGGCGAUGAUCGGAUCAAUGAGCGUGCGAAUCCGAAUCCAGCUCCCGUUCCAAUCUUCAUACCACUCACAGAACGCUUUCCAAAGAACGACGAUCUGCUGCGAGUUUUCAGAGACGGAGAUCACCAGAGUCAAAAUGGAAGAUAUUGGAAUGAGAGGAGA